GGUGACGCCGCCGCCCGCCCUCCGGCUCCCGCAGCCAAUUAGACGCCCCCCUCGGGCGCUCCUUAAAGCGCCGGACUGUCACCCCGGAGCAGCUGCGCCCCGCCAGGCCGGAGCGGCGCCCGCCAGAGCCAGCCAUGGCCACCCCCAACGGGGCGCUGGACAGCAGGACGCCGCCGCGACCCGUGCGCAGCCUGGAGGUGAAGUUCACGCAGAUAUUCAUCAACAACGAAUGGCAUGCGUCCAAGAGUGGGAAGAAGUUUGCCACGUACAACCCCUCCACGCUUGAGAAAAUAUGCGAAGUAGAAGAAGGAGAUAAGGCCGAUGUGGACAAGGCCGUGGAGGCGGCCCGUGCAGCCUUCCAGAGGGGCUCUCCCUGGCGCCGCCUGGACGCACUCAGCCGAGGCCGGCUGCUGCAGCAGCUGGCGGACGCGGUGGAGCGGGACCGCGCCAUACUGGCCACGCUAGAGACCAUGGACACGGGGAAGCCGUUCCUCCACGCCUUCUUCAUCGACCUGGAGGGCUGCAUCCGGACCCUCCGGUACUUUGCAGGCUGGGCGGACAAGAUUCAAGGCAAGACCAUCCCCACAGACGACAACGUGGUGUGUUUCACCAGACACGAGCCCAUUGGGGUGUGCGGUGCCAUCACGCCUUGGAACUUCCCCCUGCUGAUGCUGGUGUGGAAGCUGGCGCCCGCGCUGUGCUGCGGGAACACGGUGGUCGUGAAGCCUGCAGAGCAGACGCCCCUCACCGCCCUCUACCUGGGCUCCCUGAUCAAAGAGGUCGGGUUCCCACCAGGCGUGGUGAACAUUGUACCUGGGUUUGGGCCCACAGUGGGAGCUGCGAUUUCUUCACACCCGCAAAUCAACAAGAUCGCCUUCACGGGCUCCACGGAGGUGGGGAAGCUGGUGAAGGCGGCAGCUUCCCGCAGCAACCUGAAGAGGGUGACCCUGGAACUUGGGGGGAAGAACCCCUGCAUCGUGUGCGCUGACGCCGACCUGGACCUGGCCGUGCAGUGCGCCCACCAGGGCGUCUUCUUCAAUCAAGGCCAGUGCUGCACGGCCGCCUCCCGCGUCUUCGUGGAGGAGCAAGUGUACCCCGAGUUCGUCCGGCGCAGCGUGGAAUACGCCCAGAAGCGGCCCGUCGGGGACCCGUUUGACAUCGGCACGGAGCAGGGGCCGCAGAUUGAUCAGAAGCAGUUCGACAAAAUCCUCCGACUCAUCGAGAGUGGGAAGGAGGAGGGGGCCAAGCUGGAAUGUGGGGGCUCGGCCAUGGAGGACAGGGGCCUCUUCAUCAAGCCCACGGUCUUCUCAGAAGUCACCGAUACCAUGAGAAUUGCAAAAGAGGAGAUCUUUGGGCCAGUGCAGCCCAUCAUGAAGUUCAAAAAUCUCGACGAAGUCAUCCAGCGGGCCAACAGCCUGGAGUACGGGCUCACAGCAGCCGUGUUCACCAAGAACCUGGACAAGGCACUGAAGCUGGCCUCAGCCUUGGACUCGGGCACUGUCUGGAUCAACUGUUACAACGCCAUCUACGCACAGGCCCCCUUUGGGGGCUUCAAGAUGUCGGGAAAUGGCAGAGAACUAGGCGAGUAUGCGCUGGCAGAGUACACAGAAGUGAAGACUGUCACCAUCAAACUGGACGACAGCAGCCCCUGAAGCGGGCGCCCGGGCUCCGCCCUCCAGCGCUUGAUUGACAGCCGAGGUGGCGCCGGCACCCGGGGGAGCUUGAGCCCGGUGCCACGCGAAUCCACUGCAUUGGGACCGUUUUUUUGGUUUGUUUGUUUUUCUUUGCCCUCUCCCGUCUUGCUCAUCAAUAAGUUGCGUGUAAAACUGCAGUCCUGCCAGAGGGUGGCGCUGUCGGGUUUUUUCCCUCCUUCCCCUUAACCUGGUCACACCUGCGUCCCCAACGGACACACACACACGCACACGCACACGCACGCACGCACGCGCACGCUCGCACCCCAGCUCCAAUCAGGACAACGGGGUAUUGGCAGAGCAGAGGGCAGUGCCAACCGCAAGUGCUUCAAAAUUCACUUCAAAAUGCCCCAGGAAGAAUUUGGGGGAAAGCUCCUGAAGUUUCCUGAAUGUUCUGCAAAAAAACGGGCCGCCGGCCAGCACACUGCCCACCUUCGAUGGCCAAGAGUCCACGUCAAGUUUAGAAAACACGGAAACAAGAGCCAGUGUGGGGAACCUUGGGGACCCGUAUGUGGCCUGGAAAGUCCAGGAAGCCUUGGGCAUGGCCCCGGUCCCCUUGGCUGUGGGACACAGCUGCCAACCAGGAUUGCCUGGGGAAUGUGAUGGAGACCCCCGCCCAGAGUCGAGCAUCAAGCUGCACCAGCCUCCCCCCUUCACCCAGGCCUUUCCCAGGCUUCAAAGGAGGCUGGUAGCGGCAGGGUUGUUAAGGACACGGCGCCCUGGCACGCAACUUCUCUGACCACGGAAGCACCCUCACUGCACAGAGCGCUGGCUCCUACUGAGCUCCACCUCCUCCUGCCCUCCAGUGUGGGCUCUGCAACUCCAGCAGAACUCCUGAGCGUCACAGGGCCUGAAUUCGACAUGAAUUAAAUAAAGGCAACAAAUAACCCUGGGCAUCAGGAGGAAGUGGGUCACCGAGCAGAAUCCCUGACGAGUGACAUUUCUUUUCCUCCUCGUGUCUCUCGAUGAUGAGCAACGGCUUGUGUUGGCUUGGAAAACGAAAAGGGCUUGAUAACAGAGCAAACCGUCGCUAGCAACAGAGCUCAGAGGACUGAGUUCCUGCUUAGCAUGCAGGACCCCAGGGUUGUGGUCCUCGGGCCACAGCUGGGUGCGCCCUGAAAACCAAUAAUAAUAAUAAUAAUAAUAAAGACCAAACCAAAUAACUUGUAAUUCCAAGACUUUAACUUGAGUCACUGGUUUCUUUCUAGUAGCACUUCAUGAUGGAGAAAUAAAUUGUGUUUAAAAAUUAAACUGAAAGGCUGGAAAUCAGGGAGGGCGUUUUCCUUGCAUGCAGCUGACCUGGGUUCUAUCCCCAGCAUCCCAUCUGGUCCCCCGAGCACCACCAGGAGUAAUUCCUGAGUGCAGAGCGAGGAAUAAGCCCUGAGCAUCGCCGGGCGUGGCCCAAUCCCAAAAAUAAAUGUACCUAUAAUAUUUUUUAAAUUAAUUGGGGUUAUCAAAUCAGAUGGCUUUAAUAAAAUCAAGCUUUAAGGCAAAAGCAACAUAUGUCCAAAGAGAGACAUCAGCAAGAAUAGGGGAUAUCGUUCUUGUCAGAAAUGUUAAAUGUGCAAUUCUCCGCCAACUAACACUUCUGUCAGUCACUUGUUGGAUCAGAAUUUGAUUUCGUACACUGAAUCGUCAGGAUUUUCUCCCCAGUUACGUAUCGACAUUAACCUUAGCAAUGAUGCAGUAGAGGGGCCUCACUCUCUCCCUGUACAAGAAUGCCUUGAUUAGGAAAUGCUUCAUUAUUUAUGAUGAUAGUUAAUGUAUCUUUUUAUAGUUGUAAGUACACAGAGGUGGUAUAUUUAACCUUGUGGCACAUACUGUAUUUAGAAAUGAAAAUCUCUGUGGCAGUGGAUUUUACUUCUCUUGAAGUCUCCUGUGGUACAUUUUAAACCUCGACUGGCCUGGGGGUUUGGAUUGUAGCUGCAGAAAGUGUGUUCAGCUAAUGCAGUGACCAGAAAAUAAAACU